AUGAUCCGCCACCUCCGGUCACGCGUGCUUUCUCUCCUCCGCUUCCCGUCCCGUCUCCCUGCCGCCCACCUCGCUCCCCUCCACAGCCUCCUCUCCACGACCGCAUCCGUUCCCCCCAAAUCUUUCUCCGUCAAGGACUUCCUCGUCACCGACUGCGGCCUCACCCGAGAGCAAGCCAUCAAGACCUCCAAAAGGCUCUCCUACCUCACGUCUCUCUCCAGGCCUGCGGCCGCCCUGGCUUUCCUCUCGGCCCGCGGCGUCCCCCGCUCCGCCAUCGCCGCCGCCGUGGCCGCCGACCCGCGCAUCCUGUCCGCCAGCGUGGGCAGGGUCCUCGCCCCGCGCUUCACCGAGCUCACCGAGAUCGGCCUCUCGCCUUCGCAGAUCGUGGACAUCCUCUCGAUCCGCCGCACGGGCUCUCUUCGCGGCAACCUCCUCUUCUGGAUCCAAACCCUGGGCACCUACGACAAGCUGCUCCCUCUCGCCAAGUCCAACUGCGAUCUCCUCAGAACCAGUCUCGAGAAGGUGAUCAAGCCAAACCUCAACACCCUGCGGGAGUGCGGGGUAAGUGCUUCCGACAUUGCAGGUGGAAGCAUGUACUCCAGUCGCCUCUUCACCGUGAAACACCAGGUCCUCAUGGGCGCCAUCGCGCGAGUGGAGGAGUUAGGCGUGGAACGCGGCUCAGGCAUGUUCCCCCGCGCACUCGCUGCACUCUCCUUCUUGAGCAAGGACAUUCUCGACGGGAAAGUACAACUGUUGCGGAAGCUGGGGUUUUCGCAGGAUGAGCUAGUGAUGAUUCUGAAGAAGGCGCCGCAGGUCCUGGCUCUUUCCGAGAAAAAGAUCCAGCGAGCUGUGGAGUUCUUGAUGAGGGACGUCUCUCUGCAGGCACCCUACAUUGCCCGACGGCCAGCUCUCAUCAUGUAUAGCCUUGAGAAGCGGUUGAUGCCCCGGCACUCCUUGCUCGAGGUUCUCAGGCACAAGGGACUAUUUGGUGUGGAGCGGGACUACUAUACAAUUGCUGUGAUGACUGAGAAGAAGUUUGUGCACAAGUUUGUGGAUCCUUAUAAGAGCAGCUUUCCAGGCCUGGCUGAUGAUUAUGCCUCUGCAUGUCUUGGGAAAGCAUAGUGGAGAUGCUUGGCCAUAAGAUUGAAACUUUGGUGUCCAAAUCUGCUCAUUUUGAGAGUGUCUAAGGAUUCUCUUCGUCAGAAGACUGGCAACGAAUUCGAUUUAGAGCCAGAGUACACUGGACUUCAAAGAGACCUACGCAAUUCAUGUAGAGUGUGGAGAGGCAUCAGGUUCCACGGCAUCGUGCCGUGAAGGUCCUGCUGGUAGAGGCAUCAGAUCGAAGUUCAUGGAUUGUUGCAAGGAAAGUGUUCCUGGGCUCACUUAUAUGUAUGAUGCUGAUUGUACUGCAGAGGUGCCCCCAAAUUCAAUUUUGACAUGUUAACAUAUCGUUUUUAAACAAGGUACUUCUGUGUGAUCAUGAAAGUGACAUAACUCCCUCCAUGCUACCAAAGUUAAUUGUUUGCUUUGGCUUAUAUUUCUUGGCUAAAAUAAGCAUAGAAAAUAUGAACUAGUUUUUAAUAUGGUACUGUCUACAGUGUAGGUUUUAUAAGAAAUAUGUUUAAGUUUUUACAAACUAGGCUUUUAUAUAUGUUGGAGCAACUUGAGCCUGAGCAAGAUAGGAUGUAGCUCACUUGCUGUUAGGUAAAAUGCUUGACUUGAAUAGACUUGUAUCCAGCAGAAAUGAAUGUGACAUUCCGUCUGUAGAAAUGAAUAUACCAUAUGCACCAGCUCCUUAAGUUCGAUAAG